CUCCAUUUUCGCUCCCUCCCCCCACUUUAGUCACCACCACCACCACCACGCGCGGCUGCCUGGCCUCGACUCUUCAUCUCGGCUCUGCGGCCUGAUUCUUGGUCUUCUCAUCCGCACCUAGUCUGGCUUCUUGCUACCCCCAAUUGGACCCUGAGGUCGUACUCACCCCAACAGCUCAGCGCCCCCUCUCCAGCGCCGCCAUAAGCAGCACGGCCCGCAUGGACACGGAAUCUGGUACAGCACCGACCUUGCAACCACAAGAAGAGAGCACGAAGGAUGAAAAAUGGUGUGCUAAGGAGGCCAAUUUGAAAGACAGAACUGCACUCUUUGUAUGUAGCAUGAUGAAUGUAGUAACUCUCAUUAGGUGAUAAAACUGCUUCCUGAUGAAAAGUGGAUCUAAAAAGAAAGCCAACUACCAGUACUAGUAAUGAAAGACAUCCAACUGUCAGUCAGAAGUUAUUUGAUGGCUUGGGAAACAGUGGCCAUUGAAUUUUCCUUCCUGACCUGAAGAGAUGCACUGCUGAUGGACAAUAAUUCUCGAAGUUCUUUAUUUUCAAGCUGGAAAAAAAAAAGGUUCUAUUUCAGCAUUCACUGAUGAAUAGGUGAGAAUUGGAUCAGAGAAUGACAAAUACUUAUGUCACUACACCUGACGGGUACUGUCUUACUGAACCAGUGCCGUACUAUGAUAUUCUGCCACAGCAAAUCAAUUAUCAUCUGUAUGACACUGAUUUUCAAGAAUCGCCUUUUUGCCAGUAUUCUACUGUCCAGUUUCCAACAGCUUUGGAGUCCCAAUCUUUACAAAGUCAUUUCAACACUUAUAGCUUGGAUCCACAGUUCAGUGGUGGAGAAUGUGGACUUGUUUCCUGUGAUUUAAAUAAACCCACUUGUGUGGUUGACCAUGAUGCUGAAGAAGGAUACCCUGGAAUAAAAGGGUCCAGCCUAACUCAUUCUUCUAUUCAAAUUAAGAGACAGGAAGAACUCUGUGUAGUGUGUGGUGACAAAGCAUCAGGAUAUCAUUACAAUGCACUUACUUGUGAAGGUUGCAAAGGUUUUUUUCGACGUAGCAUCACCAAAAAUGCAGUAUAUCAUUGCAAGAAUGGUGGGCAUUGUGAAAUGGACAUGUACAUGCGUAGGAAAUGUCAAGAGUGCAGACUAAAAAAGUGUAAGGCAGUAGGAAUGUUGGCAGAAUGUUUGCUCACAGAAAUCCAAUGCAAAUCAAAGAGACUUCGAAAGAAUUUUAAGCAGAAGAAUAGGGUGUCCUCUAGCAUCAAAGUUGAAGAGGAAGCAGACAACAAGCCUGUAUCAUCCACCACUAGUUCUGGAAAAGUGAUUAAGGAGAGCAUGGAACUAACUCAAGAGGAACAUCAGCUCAUCAAGGACAUUGUGGCUGCUCAUCAAAAAUAUACAAUUCCUUUAGAGGAAACAAAGAUAUUUUUGCAGAAGCAUGCAAAUCCUGAGCUGAGCUUUUUGCAUCUCUCAGAGACAGUGGUCCUACACCUACAGGGGUUAGUGGAUUUUACUAAGGGACUCCCAGGAUUUGAAAAUUUGACAACUGAGGACCAGACUGCAUUACUCAAAGGAUCAAAAACUGAAGUGAUGUUUCUUCAUGGGGCCCAACUCUAUAGUCUGAAAGAAUGUCUUUCAUCAGCUUCUGAAAGUACUAUGAGAAUAUCACAUCAUUCAGAUCACUCACUGAAUUGUCACAAUCAGAGUGUUAAUGGAAGUGUUAUUUAUUCUAUGAAAACCUUUUGUAAGGAAGACUGUCCUCCGACUUCACUGACUGGUAUUGCUGAAGAAUUUAUUAACACAUUGUUUUACUUCUAUAGAAGAAUGAGUGAGCUAAAUGUUACUAACACUGAAUAUGCUCUGCUUGCAGCAACAACUGUGUUUUUUUCAGAUCGUCCAUGCCUUAAAAAUAAGCAGUAUGUGGAAAAUAUACAGGAACCAGUUUUACAAAUUUUGUACAAAUAUUCAAAAAUUUAUCAUCCAGAAGACCUACAGCAUUUUGCUCGUCUCAUAGGGAGGCUCACUGAACUGAGGACACUAAAUCACAACUACUCAGAAAUACUUAGCACUUGGAAAGCAGAGGACCCCAAAUUGGCUAGUUUACUCUCGGAGAAAUGGGAUUUGCUUUCACACUGCUGAAUUUUAAAAUGUUGUUGUGGUUUGUCUUAAAGUUUUCUAAAUCUAGAUUGUUUAUCAUUAUAGGAUGACUGAUUUGAAAAAUAUAAACAGGAUUGCUAGGUUUCUAAUAUAUCACCAUAAAAUAGACAUUAUUAGUGCUCAUCAAAAUUUGUGGAACUUACGACCACCACUACAGGGACAGCCGGGAUUCUUUUCAAGAUUUGACUCAAAAGAAGCAAUAAUUAUUGUUUGCAUGGUUCCUUCUAAAGGGAAAAUGCUAGAGUUCUUACCUGAAGAAACUUUGUUUCCCUUUUGUAGAUAAUUGAAUGAAAAUACAUAGAUUACUUAUAGACAUGACAAAGGCUAUCUAGCGGAAACAAUUAUAAUAAGAAUAAAGACAGUUUGUGAACUUCAUUAAUUAGGCCAGAUUGAUAGAUAAAGAGCUAAUAUUUUAAACUUAUUCCUGUUAUGGCAUUUUAUGAAUUAUUAAAGGGGAACAAAGCUUUGUUCAACUCUUA